AUGACAGAAUCCGCCGAACCUCAGAGCCCGCCGACGACGGCCACCGCCCCAACGACCCUGGCUGCCUCGGGCAUGUCCUCGCCCACCAUCGCCGUAGGUUUCCACGAUGAAAGGCCCGCCGAGUCUCGUCCGCCGCUCGCUGCCCCCAUGUACGUCACUCACUAUUCCUCUGCGCUGCGCUGCAACGUGCACCGCCUCCCCCGCGCGCUCCACCACUGCGCGGCGAGCGCUCUAACCUUCGUCGCCAACGUGGAAACGCUCAACGCCGUAACGGAAUACGGAACCGAAGCUCAGGAUGGCUCCAGUCACCACCGCAUCAACCAGUACAUCAUUAAAGAGGAAAUUGGACGAGGCUCCUAUGGUGCCGUUCAUCUCGCGACCGACCAGUUUGGCACCGAAUACGCUGUCAAGGAGUUCUCCAAAGUCCGGCUCCGUAAACGCGCGCAGUCCAGCAUCUUGCGGCAAGGCGCCCGCCGACCCCAGCGCUUUGCACCCCGUGUUAGUCUCAACGCGCCGCUGUCACCUCAUUUUGGCGAGGAGGGCCACGCCGGUUGGAACGUCAACGAUGCUCUAUUCUUUAUUAGAGAGGAGAUUGCCAUCAUGAAGAAACUGAACCACCCCAACCUAGUCCAGCUGAUAGAAGUACUGGACGACCCGGAAGAAGAUUCGUUGUACAUGGUCCUCGAAAUGUGUAAGAAGGGAGUCGUAAUGAAGGUCGGCCUCAACGAAAAGGCGAAGCCGUACGGUGAAGAUUCAUGUCGCUAUUGGUUCCGAGACUUGAUUCUUGGCAUCGAAUACUUACACGAGCAAGGCGUCAUUCACCGUGACAUCAAGCCGGAUAAUCUUCUCCUGACCAACGAUGAUGUGCUCAAGAUCGUAGACUUUGGCGUCUCUGAGAUGUUCGAGAAGCCUGGAGACCCCAUGAAGACGGCUAAAUCAGCAGGAUCUCCGGCGUUCCUUGCACCCGAGCUUUGCGUGGUCAGACAUGGUGAUGUUGAUGGCAAGGCCACGGAUAUCUGGUCCAUGGGCAUAUCGCUGUACUGUUUGCGAUACGGCAAAAUUCCAUUCGAGCAAGAGGGUGUGCUUGAGAUGUACGAGGCCAUCAAAACAGAUUCCCCUGAUCUGCCCGAGGAUGAGAACCCCGACUUUGUAGAUCUCAUUGGUAGGAUUCUGGAAAAGGACCCCCAGAAACGUAUCGAGAUGCACGAGUUGCGGGGGCAUCCGUGGGUCACGAAACAGGGGACCGAUCCUUUGCUGUCAAAGGAAGAAAACUGCUCGAAUACCGUGGAGCCCCCAAACGAGCUUGAGCUCAACCGCGCCUUUACGCGGAAGAUGAACCAUCUCCUCUGCGUGAUGAAAGCCAUCCACAAAUUCAAGAACAUUCUUACAAGGCAGAGAAACGCAAAGUCUCGAGAAGGCUCUCAGUCGGACUCCCCACGCAAUGGCGCAUUGCACGAAGACAUCGAGGCCCUCCUCUCCAAACGACGCGAGUUCCUAAAAAAGAGCAGCCUAGCCGACGUCAAGGCCGCUCCUGAGAGGUUAGACUCGGAACCCCGCGUCCUAGGCAUCGGCAUCGGCAUCGGCAUCGGGUCCCAGGACGAAUUCGACAAGGACGAGCCCUCGGCCGGCGCUGUGGCCGAGUCACCGACCAAUGUCGACUUCAACAUCUACGACAAGGCGUACGAGGCCGAGGUGGAGCGCAUAAUGAAGAAUCAGACGCGGCAGAAGACAGUGUACCUGACGCGCUUCGUAAAGGACCGCGAGCAUUACAAGGAGGUCGCCAACGUCGUGGAGGGCACUUCGGCGGGCGUCACGCCGACAGGGACGCCAAAGGCCGAUAUGAACUUGGCCGCUUCAAAGGGCCGGUUCGCUGACUUGGUUCACAGCAUGACUGGUGCCUCGAAACCCAAGGCUUCCGACGAGAAGGAGGAGAGAUGA